CUUAGAAGUAGUUAUGAACAUCAGGAAACACUGCUAUAAUCACGCUUAACCCAACAGAGGAACCGACACAACCAGCAGCUGAUUUUUCUCUCAGAUUAUUUCAGCAUCUUAGACCAACAAAAUGAAGAGCUUCUUUCUACUCGUCCUCCCAUUAAUUACAGGUCGUGAGCUCCAGAGUAAACCGAAAGGAUGCAACAAGUUCAUCUGCAAUAAAACAAAUGGAAUAUAUCACAUGUCUGAAACAACUAAUCACAAAUCAAGAAUUCUAGAAAACACUCUCAAGGUGAUCAUCAAAGAUGGUGAUAACAUAACGACACCUGACUGUGGGAAAAGAUUUAUACCGUCCCCUGGCUUGUAUGAAGAACAUUUUAAAAUUGGAAAUGAUCGUCCAAACCCAUAUAAUCAAACAGCAUAUGUUACAGCUAAAACUACAAUCAAAUGUGAUCACGAGGACAUGUCCAGGGCUGUUUUUUUCUGCAAAGAAAAGGAAAAUUUUACCUGUCAGAACUUUCAAACAACAUCCUCUCUAAAGUCAGACGAGACGUUCACUCUCACAGAAACAGGAAGUGGUUUCAAUCUGUCCAUCAGCAAUGUGUCCUCACGUCAUGCUGGUUUGUACUGGUGUGGAGUGAAAGAAGGAGACAAAUAUUGUGUGUCUCUUAUAGAACUAAAAGUUAACACAAUCACCAACUUCACAAGAUCACCACGUGUUGGAGAGAACUUUACAUACUAUUGUAGAUAUUAUGAUUGCCACUCUUCAAAAUUCAUCUGUAAGGGAGAAGAUCCAGCCACAUGUCAACAUCUUGUAAACAGCACAAAGCCUGAUAUGAGUUCAAAGUUUUCCAUGAAAGAUGAUAAAGCAAACAAGAAAAUCACCAUAACAAUGAAAGAGGUGACAGCAGCCGACUCUGGGACAUACUGGUGUGGAGCAGAAACCACUGAUGAACAACGCUGCAACACUUUCAUCCACAGAAUGAUCUUAAAUGUUGAAGCUGAGAAAUCGACUGGUAUAGCAAACUAUCUGAUCAUUGGUGCAGUUUUGCUGACGCAGCUGUUGGUGACUGUUAUCAUUGUUUUCUACAAACGAUUUUCACAGUCAAACAACAAAGGAAAGAGAGCUACAGAAGAGCAUCCCGGAGAAGUUAGUGAUCAUGUCUAUGAGGAGAUACAGGAGACCCUCUGGAAGCCAGAGCCACAAAAUGCAGUGACUACCAUCUACACCACCGUAGAGAUGCCCACAAGAGAACCUGACUCAGUGCAUUACUCAACUAUUAACUUUCAAAGCAGCUCGGCUGGUGCAAAGACUGUGGCCCUUCAACCCAGCUCGUCUUCCUGCCUGUAUUCUGCUGUGAAGCCCAGCAAAAGGCCAACUGGCUCCACCAUGAAUCAGCCUUGCAGAUUUACAGACAAAUCUCUGACCUAUUAGGAAUGUGUCUGAGUCUUUUUCCAACACGUACUGUGUGAUCUUGCUGCAGCUCCAGAACACUACUCAAUCUAGAAGGGGGAAGGAAGCGUGCUGUAGCUAAAAAGUCAUUCCUACCAUACUGUGCUUGUUUCAUGGAAUUAUUAUAAAAAGUGUAAAAUCCAAAUCAAUCCUUUUGGAUUUUUUUUUACGGCUUUAAGUUUGUAAAGACUUACCAUGUCAUUGCAUUGUUGCUGAUCAUGUCACUGUCUCCUGCCGCAGCCAUGUCAGAACUAGAGUUUUAAGUGAAAAUGUUGUAAUUUAAAUUUAACUGAAUUUUUCACAAGUUUCAGUGCAUAAUUUUCAUUAUCUAUGGAAGUGCUGAGAUUAUAAUCUUGUUUUUUGUUCCUGCUAUGUUUAGAAUAAAGGCAGGUUCAAAUAGCUUUGAAAUUCAUACUGACUUUGUACUUUAUAACAAAUAAAUCCUAAA